CAAACAUCAACAAAACGUUGAACUAAAAAGCAUUUUUGUAAUAACGUGUUAGUGAAAAUUAUCAAGAACGUGUAAAGGCGUGAGUUUUAUGAGUUUUCCAAGCAAUAUUCUGAUCCCUGUUUAUACUGUUGUUCAACUGUGAUUCGCACCUUGGUGUGAAGAAAAAUGAAUUAUUGCCAUUCAUUUUAAUUUCAUCUGCAAGAAGUAUAUACUUUCAUUUCAAAGUACCCUGCAGCGAACAUGCAAUGAAGCUCAAGAUUACUUGAAGCAAAAUUCCAACCAAUGGUUUUUUUAUGAGUGUAAAAAUGCUGCCCACUAUCAAUCAACGUAAUUGUGUUGUCUCAGUGGUGAAGGGUCAAGGAGAAUGAUUGCCAAGUGCUCCUCCAAAAUGUUCCUACUUUUAACGCAAAACUUUAAGUAUUAUCUCUCUUGUUUGUACUACUAUAUACAUCCUGCAGUGAAAUGGUUCUUGAGGAGAACCACAGGACUGUGCGAACUUCAAAGAAUUUGCUACGGAGCGCCUGAAGGAGCUCCCAGGAACUUCAGUGUGGAGCGCUCUCUCUUGCAAUCUAGAAGCAAAGAAAUCCAAGCAGCAGUCGCUUACUUAAAUAGGACAAGUAAGGAGCGGCAAUUCAAAGGAAAUAAACUAGAAUUUGCUCUCCAGUACAUUGUUGAAACUGUGCUUGUAGUGAAGAAAAUUAACGCUCUCGCUCAUCCGAAGUUUCCUAUUUUAUUGAGACAAAGCGUUGAAGUCGUGUGGGGUUACAAUCAGCUGGAACAAGAAAUUGUCUGUCUAGCAGGUACUCAUUUUGACUCUUCCAAUAAAGACCAUGAAGCCAAACUCAUGGAGUUAUGGUCCCUCCUGAAGCCUGAUGCUCCUUUAAGGAGCCGAGUCACCAAGCAGUGGCAGGAGAUAGGAUUCCAAGGCACUGAUCCUAAAACAGACUUCCGAGGAAUGGGAGUUUUAGGCCUUGAAAACUUACUGUAUUUUGCAUCUAAGUACAACUCUUCCGCUAAACAAGUCCUAGCCCACUCCCAUCAUCCUCAAUUUGGAUAUGCCUUUGCUAUAGUUGGAAUCAACCUCACUAGUAUGGCAUAUCAUUUAAUGACAGAAAAGUUUGCGAAAACGCACAUGUACAAUGUUUGCUCUAAACUGCCAUCCAUUGAUUCAUUUCAUUUGUUGUAUUGUUACUUAUUUGUAGAAUUUGAUAAGUUCUGGAUUCAAGCUAGACCUAAAGAUAUCAUGGAAUUUAGUCACAUAAGAGAAAAUUUUGAAACGAAAAUUCGAAAAAUCCUUUCAAGUAACCAGAGGGCUGCUUUUAAAGUACAGGUCUCCAAUGAUUUGUCCAUUUGAGUUGAAUGCUCUUUGAGAGUCAGGUCCGUAUUUAAACCAUUUCUGUCUAUCAUGAAAACAUUUAAAAUGGAAGAGGAAUUUUUCGAAAUAGGUGACUCUCAUGACAAUUUUUAUCAUUAUAUAUUCAGCUCCAGGUAAAUUUGCAAGGAAGACUUGUCUUUUAAAUAGAUCGAACACAGAAGCAGUGCCAAAUAACACUUUUAUCAGUCGCCAAAAAUUCUUCAGUGGGUGUGAUGAAAUAAGUUGAUGAUAGCAUUAGUUCAAUUUGUUUAGGGAACAGGUAUUUAAUAUGAGCAUUUAAUUCUGAUUGAAUAUGUACUUAUGAUUAAAAUUGAGAGGUGCAUGUUGAAAACCCCUCUAAUGUGUCAUAACUUAUACUCUCAACUUAUUAUGGCUAAUCUACAAACGCACCAUAUCUCUUGAUUUGCAUCGGAAAUGACAUAUAAAUGCUUAAACCCGAUCAGAAAGUGGAUUGAGGUAAAUUUAUCUCCUCUGAUCGCUUUUUUCUGUAGGCACCCCUAUCCAUACUGUUAAAUUCUCUUUCAACUGGGUUUUGUAUGAAAACACUUUCUAGAUUCGAAUUCAACCAGCAUUAAAGAGGUAUGUUGAAGAGUCAAGAGUUUGUUACAAGUGUCUUUUUCGAUGCGUGUUGACUUCAUAUUUCCAACUUGCAUUGAAUCGUCUCUCAUGAAUGUCAUUGAUCGAAGAGCUAGCCUUGAUCAUUAGCGAUAUUAGUUCUGGUGAGCACGAGGCAUAUUUUCACUAUUAAAGGUAGCGUAUUUUGGACUGGCUUGGGUCCUUUUCGGUAAUUGUUAUUUGGUGCUGAAACUGGUGAGAUAUCUGUUUCUAGAGAUAAGGAAUUUUCAAGAGGAAAUUAGUUCUAAUGGAUAUGAUGUUCAGAAAUAUUAUUUGGAGAAAAUUAAUUAAUCAAUAAGUGAGAUGGUCUUGCAUAUCCUUGAUCGCAAGGUAGGAGGGAAGAUGAAUGCGAAGUCUAGUCAGUUAAAUUUUCAACAGGGCAUCAUAGGAACUUAAAUUCUUCUUGGAAAUUAAAUUCUUUUCAUCAAUCAAUUUUCUUGGUCCUCAGAAUUAUAGCUUCAAGUUCUCCAAGAGAUCUCAUUGAAUAACGAACACUAGCAGUGCUCAAAAAUUUGUUUAAUGAUCAGUUGAUUGUUUUUUGCAUCGGAGACUCAUCAAUUUUUUUUGGGUCACUGCAGGGAUGCAGAAAACUAUUUCAUUUGCUCUACCAUUUUUGCCUAUAGGUACCUUUUCUUUCGCUCAACUUUUUUAAAGUAAUGUGGCCCUUUCUUCCCCUCCUCACUGUGAAUUUUACGAGGUUGCAGGUAAAUAAGAAAAAUAUUUUAUCAUUUGAAGAGGUUCAUCAAUCUGAUUUGAUUUUGCCAAUCGAAGGUGCUUAUUUUUUUGUAAUAGACAAUGAUUUUUUUUUAAAUCAAAACAUGUUCCUGUUUUUUUUUUUAAUUUGUAUUAAUUUUCUUACCUCAACAUUUUUUCCCCUUUCUUCUUUUCCACCAUUCUGGAAAAUUUGCAUUAAUUUGUCAACUGAUAAAAGUGGAACACCAUACCCUCUGUUCUGUGUGACUUCCAAGCAGAGGUGAAUUAAAUACAAUUUUUCCGCCAGGGGCUGGCAAAAUUUUGCUGUCCUUAUCACAGAAGUGAUGAUUUCUUUUCGCCCUUCAAUUUUGCUCCAUGAAGAAAGCAACAAAGAAAAAAAAAAACUUCAACCUUUGCUGCCUUGCUUCUACAAUUUACUAUCUGGGGCUUUAACAGUCCCCAAAGCUUCACUUUUGAUCCAGCCCUGUUCCUAUAAAUUUUAAUAUCUAAGAAUGAUCUGAAAAAAACAAACAACCAAAAAGCAAAAUAAAGUGCCUCCUUUUAAAGAAGUGCAUUUUUUUUUACACAUCUGUCAAAUUGAAGCCACUGAUUCCAAUCAACUAUUUUCCCAUUUCCUUGAAUGAAAUUUCUCACAUUUUUAAGUAAGAUUCCACUGCUAUCAGUCACUAAGUAAGUAAGGAGGUUAAAAUUAAUGUACAAGUUUUAACUCAAACCCUCAUAUAGAUCUUAAUAUUGAAAGAAUAAUUUGAAACUAAAGGUAGCAAUUUCUAAUUGAAAAUCUGUUGUACCAGUGUUUAGCUACACAGUUUUAUGAUCAUCUUUCACCUAUGUCUUCAUAGUGAGGCCAGAAAAACAUGUAUUUCUAUUGCAGUAUUUCAAAAUAAAUUGCUCCCCCCUCCUCCCCCAAGAAAAAGAUUCUGUGAUAUUUUAUAUGAAAUAUGCCGAGAAUAUUCUGGAUACAGUGGUUGGUUGUUCUUCAAAGAAAAUACAUAAGUAUAAGCCUGCAACUCUGCGAACUAAAUGUAUUUUUCUAGCUUCACUAUCGAUUUUUUAUUUCGGGAAAAAUGUAAUUAGAAGUCAUUGUCGACAGUUACUGCCGCUAACCUUUUUCGUUUUGGGUAAUUUUUAUUUAUAGCUCAUAAAUAAGAGGUAUCUCAGAUUAGGACGAUAAUGUAGUCAAGGGGUAUUUCUGAAAAAUUAGUCUGUUAAGUUUAAGACUUGACCUUCGAAAAUAUUAAAAAUCAGAGCUUGCUCCUGCGCCUUAAUAUUGAAAUCUGAAGUUUAAAUUAUGCACUUUUAAUUCUUUUUUCAAUACUUGCACCACUCAAGAUCUCAAAAUCUAAUAACUAGAUAAAUUUUAUCUUUGAUCAGCCUAACAGCAAUUAGUGCUGCCAAAUUUCCUCUCAUGUUUUAGUUUUUCAAGCAAAAGCCGAGGUGACAUAAUGCCUUGAAAGUCUCUGUAGCUUUUCCUAACUUCAAGAGAAAAUACACUUGAAAGCAGUGUCUCUGCUUGGCUUAUUUUGAGAUGCUGUGCAUAUUACAUGAUGUGCUGCAUCUCAUUGUGUGUCUUGUAUAUGAUAGCGUAUUUUAAGAUAAACCUGCCGAUACUGCCAACAUUUUAAGAAUUUUACUGGCUAAGGGAGAUAAUCAACUUUUAAAACUUGUAAUUUUUUGAAAAAAGAGACGCAUUUUGUGCAUAUUAUUUGCAAAAUGUUGACAAGUUCCAUAUGGUGUAUUAUUUGUCUGGAAAGUGCGUCUAAGUGCGUUCCAAUUUGGGAAUUUCAUAAUACGCGGUCGCAGGGACACUGCUCAAAAGUUUCAAGGUAAUAUAAGAAGGCAUGCAAUCUUAAGGAAAUAGGUUCAUAAAUGCCUAUUGAAGGACCUGUAAAUUAAGAGCUGUUUUUUGGUGCAUAGUAGAAUUCAUUGCUUGUCCAAAUUAUUUAUAUUAAUAUUUUCAGAGCAGUUUUUAGUGUUAAUCACUGCCGUAUUUCCGUUCUCUAUUUUCCAAUAAUCAAAUUUUCAGUACUUAAUUAUAAUUCUUAUGGCUUUAUGAAAGCUUAAAAUGCACACUCAACUCUUUGCAGGCAAAUCUUUUAGAUACUUCAGCAAUUCGCUGUGAUAAUCAAUUUUUUAGUAAUUAAUUUAUUUGAAAUAUUAAUGAAUGUAGAAUGCAUAAUGGCAGUGAAACUUCAAAAAUGUGUAUCUGGGUUGUAAUAAUUCAAAAUUUCUGCUCCUAUUUUAUUUUUAAAAGAAAACUGAGCCAAUAUCAUGGCUUACAAUUUUCACGAAAUAUUCUUCAUAUUGUAGGGGAGAAAAAUCACCGAAGUUUUCAAGCGCUGAUGUUUAGUAGUUUUCCAUGUAGAAAAAAAAUUAUGACAGGAAGCCUGUAAUGCAGCAAACCGAGAUAUGCAUUUUUGCAGUUCUACCCUCAAAAUGUAAUUCAGGAAGUUGAAGGAAGCAGUUUUAUCUUAGUGAGUGAACAUUCUUUAAUAUGAAGUACCUCCCUGAUAAAUUUUCAAUCAUUUUAAGAGGAUUAGUCAAAAGAAAGGACCAAAAAAAAAGAAGAAGGGGAGAAGGGGAGUUACUUCAUGAAUAUAAAUAACUAUUGAUAUUGAUUUCAUACCUUGAUUCACUCUCAGUAUCAAAUUUCAUUAUUUUGUGUUCUGUAAUAUGCAGAGAACAUUCUGUCCAUUUAUUUGUUGGUCUUCCCGAAAAACAUUUCCUCUUAAAAUGACUGGACUUAUUUAAAUAUUUUUAAUAUUUUACCUGCCUAUGAAAAUCGGGGAGGGCGCUGGUUCUUAUCUUCUAUCUUGAAUGCCUGUCUGUUCCAAUACAGGAGUGCUUCAACAAUGAAAUUUAUAUUUUAGGUUUGUUCGAUUCAGCAAUGCGCUGUUUAAGUAUUUACUUUUUUUCUCUUUGUUUGAGUGUUUUAUUUCGUGCAAUAAAUUGCAUUAACAGAGUGUAAUUUGUGCAAUGCCCUAAUUUUAAUGGUGUCACAACUUUCAAAGGUGAAAUACAUUAAAAUUGUGAAAAAAUA